GAGGCGGGGAAAGGGCCCUGGCGCCACCGCCGCCCUCCCAUUCCCCUUCCUUCCUUCCUUCCUCCCUGCCUCCCUUCCUUCCUUGCUCUCCCUCGCCGCCGAGGCCCAGGAGGAGGGAGCGGGCUCCUCAUCUGGGAAAGGGGGAGACUCCCCGCCAUGGCCGCCUCCAAGGCUCGGGUUAUGUAUGACUUCGCUGCUGAACCUGGAAAUAAUGAGCUGACAGUUAAUGAAGGAGAAAUAAUCACAAUUACCAAUCCGGAUGUAGGUGGAGGCUGGCUAGAAGGCAAAAACAGCCAAGGAGAACGAGGACUAGUUCCAACAGAUUAUGUUGAAAUUCUUCAUGAAAGUGCCAAAGAUGGAAUUUCAGUAGCUGACCAAGCUUUUUUUGACGUCCUCUCCUCAAGUAGUGCCCAGAGUAAUUCACAAGUUGCAAAAAAUAAUAGUCAAGCUUCUAGCAAUGCAAAUGACCCCUGGUCAAGCUGGGACAAUGCAACAACUGGUGAUAGCUGGGCACCCAAACCUGAAACUAAGCAGAAAAAUAACACUUCAAACAAUUGGGAUGCAGCAGCAUUUGGUCACCCACAAGCAUACCAAGGUCCAGCGGCUGCUGAUGAUGAUGAUUGGGAUGAUGACUGGGAUGACCCCAAAUCAGCAGCUGCACCUUAUCCUGGUUAUAGAGAGACAGAACCUUCUGACCCAACAGGACUCCAGCGGGGGAAUAGCCGAGGGGGUGCUAUGAAAUUGCCACUGAACAAAUUUCCUGGAUUUGCAAAACCUGGAGUGGAACAGUAUCUGUUGGCAAAGCAACUAACAAAACCCAAAGAAAAAAUUCCUAUAAUUAUUGGCGAUUAUGGCCCCAUGUGGAUUUAUCCUACCUCUACAUUUGACUGUGUUGUGGCUGACCCAAAAAAGGGUUCUAAAAUGUAUGGUCUCAAGAGCUACAUUGAAUAUCAGCUUACAUGUACAAACACUAAUCGAUCUGUCAACCACAGAUACAAACACUUUGACUGGCUAUAUGAGCGUCUCUUGAUUAAAUUUGGAUCAGCCAUUCCAAUUCCAUCUCUUCCAGACAAACAAGUUACAGGGCGUUUUGAAGAAGAAUUCAUCAAGAUGCGGAUGGAGAGACUACAAGCUUGGAUGACCAGAAUGUGUCGUCAUCCAGUUGUUUCAGAGAGUGAAGUUUUUCAACAGUUCCUUAGCUUUCAUGAUGAAAAGGAAUGGAAAACGGGUAAGAGGAAGGCAGAAAAAGAUGAGAUUGUGGGUGUUAUGGUCUUUUCCACUAUGGAACCAGAAGGUCCUGACUUGGAUAUGAUAGAAAUUGAACAGAAAUGUGAUGCGGUUGGCAGGUUCACCAAAGCCAUGGAUGAUGGUGUUAAGGAAUUACUGACAGUGGGUCAUGAACACUGGAAACGUUGUACAGGACCAUUACCCAAGGAAUACCAGAAAAUAGGAAAAGCUUUACAAGGUUUAGCUCUGGUUUUCAGUACCAGCGGAUAUCAAGGUGAGACUGACCUCAAUGAAGCAAUAACAGAAGCAGGAAAAACGUAUGAAGAAAUUGCCAGUCUUGUGGCAGAACAGCCAAAGAAGGAUCUUCAUUUUCUAAUGGAAACCAAUCAUGAAUACAAAGGAUUUCUUGGUUGCUUCCCUGAUAUCAUAGGUGCUCAUAAGGGAGCAAUAGAAAAAGUGAAGGAAAGUGAUAAACUAGUUGCUACCAGCAAAAUUACUCCACAAGAUAAGCACAACAUGCAGAAACGUGCAAGCACAAUGUCAUAUGCACUACAAGCUGAGAUGAAUCAUUUUCACAGCAACCGGAUUUACGAUUACAAUAGUGUUAUGCGCUUGUACCUGGAACAGCAGGCACAGUUCUAUGAAACGAUUGCACAGAAGCUGAGGCAGGCUCUCAGCCGCUUUCCAAUGAUGUAGAUACAGAUAAUGAAGAAAAAACUCCAAAGUGCUUUCCUGAUUUUUUGGUGGGGACAGUGCAAAUACAAGAUGCCUUUGCCAUCCAAAAAGCCUUUUUAAAAAAACCAAGAUGCAAAAAAGUGAAAACUUAAGAUGUUUACUUUGUUAGCCUAAAUGCCUUGGAUAUUUAUGUAUAUUUUUAUCCUGAGUGCUUUACUUCCUAUAUGUCUAAGCAAAACUGGAAUAUGAGAUGAUAGGGCUUUGAAUUGCCAAAUGAUUUGUUGCUAAGGGUCACAAAAAGAUACAUGUGCCUAAACUUUUCAAAAGCAUUCAGUAUCAGCCAAUUAGAAAUUCUUGAAGAAAAGUAUAAUAAGGAUCUGUUCAGAGAUCUAAAUAAGUUUACUUUCCAAGACAGUCAGUUCAUUUAUCCAGUUGCUAAACUGCAUUGUAGCAUCCAAGCAAAUGUGUUGUGGUUUUUUGUUUGUUUGUUUGUUUCAUUGUGAUGCUUGAGCAAAGGUUCAACCUUUCUCUGAUCUAGCCAUUGCAUUCAGUUUCUAUAAUACGAAUUUUCCCAAUUUGAAAUCAUUUAAUGUCCUAUUCCUGUUACAUAGAUGCCUGAAAACUGGACUGGCUCUAUGAAAAAGAAGGUUGAACUUCAAGACAGCCAUUCCAAAUACCUGGAAAAUAUUGAACUAUCAAAUAACUCUAAGCCAUGCACCUUCUGCCACUUUCCAGUGAUAAUCAGUACUGUUUAUUCUUAGGGGCUUUCACCAUUUUCCUCAACAAGUGUGUUGUAUCAUUAGUAGCUCGUAUGUCAUCACUACUGCCAUGAUAGAAAAUGUGCUAAGAUCACUUCUGUGUUUUAGGUCUUUCUAUAAUAGGCUGAUUUGACACAGCAUUGAAAACAUUUGAUCCUAAAAUGGCCAAGGGUGUCAGUCUCUUUUCCAGAGGAAAAACAAAUAGUUUUUUGUGUGUCAGCAUACAGCAUCAAAGAGACAGCUAGUUCAAAAUAGUAAAUUUUGGCCUAAGUGUAAGACCUUUUGUAUACUCACUAUGAGCUCUAAAGGGAUGAACUGUAAGAUUGAACUGAUGGUAGAACUGUUGCCACAACAGACCAUGGUGCCAAGUUAAACUUUCAGUAGAAUUAAUCUUUGCUCUAGAACUGAAUGAUUUAUUAUUUCUAAGUUCUACUUACUUUCAUUCUAUUAUCACUUAAGUUUUAGAAUAAAAAAGAAUCUGGGCCAGUCAGGAUAAUACGAAGCCAAAACAAUUUAAUUGCAGCGUGUCAAUCCAGCUCAGUGCUUUUCGUUGUCAAGUUUUCAAUAUAUUUUUUUACAAACUUUCUUCUUCUCUUUUAGUUUUGCCAUCCAAAAUUCCAUAAAGUGUUAUGAGAUAGCCAUGAAAUAUUUGUACAAAUUGUAAAGGAUGUGUAUAAAUGUUUUACACCAAAUGUAAUGAAAUCUAUCUUGCAUGUAGAAGAAAUUUAUGAAGUUAUUGCAAAAUGUAUAGUAAAUUCUAAGGCACUUUUUUUUCACAGCACCACUUUUUUCAGCAUUUGUAUAUUCAUUUUUGUCUCAGAAUCUUUGUAACUGGUUCUCUGGGGAUUUCUUUUUACCAAAUUUUGAGUUAACCCUGAUGACAUAAAAGUUGCAGACUUAGCAUCUUAAAUAGGGAACAGUGAACAGAAGUACAGAAGAGAUAGUUACAGUGUACAAAAUCCAUGUGCAUAGGAAGACAACUUGGAAUAGGCAGAUCUGUAACUUUCUAGCAAAUUAAGACUUUAAAUUGAUAAUAAAUAUUUAUACAUAAAA